CAGCGCGCGUCCACGUUCAAUGUACCUAAAACGCAACGAAUCCGAUCCCGGCCAUGUUUUUACUUUUCACAGUCAAUGAAUGGUAUAGCCACAUACACACUGGAUACACUCCAUCGUUUCGCUUCGCUUCUUCGCAGCACGCUCGAUCACUACUUUAAUAGCUGCUGAUACACCGCCAUCAUGGCUUCCGAAGCCUUCCGGCCGCUUGACGAUAGGUCCUUGGUGGAGUACUUGAAGUCGACGCCUUCGCUUGCGGAGAAGCUUGGCAACCAGUUCGAUAAGCUGGAGAUCAAAGAAGUAGGCGACGGGAAUCUCAAUUUCGUCUACAUCGUCGUUAGCCCCUCGGGUUCUCUCGUCAUUAAACAGGCUAUUCCAUACAUUCGUUGCAUAGGAGAAUCAUGGCCGAUGACAAAAGAGCGUGCUUAUUUUGAAUCAUCAACUUUGCAAGAGCAUGGUCGUUGGUGUCCGGAACAAGUUCCAGAGGUUUACCAUUUCGACAGGGCUAUGUGCUUGAUUGGAAUGCGAUAUAUUGAGCCGCCUCAUAUUAUUUUAAGAAAAGGAUUGAUUGCUGGGAUUGAAUAUCCAUUACUUGCUGAACAUAUAUCAGAAUAUUUAGCAAAGACACUGUUCCACACUUCCCUACUUUAUCUGACCACUACAGAUCAUAAAAGUUCAGUUGCUAAAUAUUGUGGAAAUGUGGAGAUGUGCAGACUUACCGAACAAGUUGUCUUUUCGGACCCAUACAAACUAUCUGAAUAUAAUCAUUGGACAAGUCCUUACCUUGAUGGUGACGCUGAGGCGAUUCGUGGCGACGAUAUUUUGAAGCUCGAAGUUGCUGAACUAAAAUCCAAAUUCUGUGAGAGAGCCCAAGCUCUUAUACAUGGCGAUCUCCACACUGGUUCUGUCAUGGUUACGACUGGUUCAACUCAAGUGAUAGAUCCUGAAUUUGGUUUCUAUGGCCCCAUGGGAUUUGAUGUUGGAGCUUUUGUUGGUAACCUGAUUUUAGCUUAUUAUUCACAAGAUGGACAUGCUGACCAGGGGUCUUCUGAUCGAAGACAAUAUAAGGAGUGGAUUCUGACGUCGAUAUCAGAUACUUGGAACUUGUUCUACCGAAAGUUUACAGAUAUCUGGGAUAAAAAUGAUGGUCACGGUGAGGCUUAUCUUUCAGAUAUAUACAAUAAUCCUGAGCUCCAGUCCUUGAUAAAACAAAAAUACAUGGAGGAACUUUUUCAUGACAGCCUGGGAUUUGGUGCUGCCAAAAUGAUAAGGAGAAUUGUUGGGGUGGCACAUGUAGAAGAUUUUGAAUCAAUCAAAGAAGCGAGCAAGCGUGCAGAGUGCGAGCGCAAAGCUCUCAACUUUGCCAAAGCUCUUCUAAAGGCCAGAAGAAGCUUCCACUGCAUAAGUGAAGUUGUUUCUGCAAUCAGGCAACAUGAUUCGUCAUGAUAAGUCCUCUAUCCUGUUGCAUCUAUCUGUCUAUCUAUCUUUGGAUUUUCUUAGCUGCACGUGAUGGGAAGGUGAACGUAUAUGUAUGUUUCACUACUGUUUCUAGUGUUGUGGAAUUUGAAGUUGUUCUUGUGGUUGUGCGCAGGCAGUUAGUUAGGUACCGAUGAGGUUGAUUUUCUUUGCUUGUUAUGAAAGUGAACACAAGUUAGUUUAUUUAAUAGUCCUCCCGUCAAUUGCAAAGCCGUUAGAUAGCGAUAGCCUAUGGUAAAUAACAACUCUUUUCUCGUUUUAGAAUGUGUUUUCUAUUAGAUCGAGGAUAUAUAUAUAUAUAUGUAAAUUUUCA